AUGUAUGACCCCUGGACCCUGGGCACAACGUUGUCGGGUUUAACCAUUAUUAGGUGUUUUCUGAAAAACUCUUUUCUUGUGUUUUCCUUUGAAUUUGAAAAGCGUGUGGAUAAAACCCGGGAUAAAACAUGUGAUUGGACAGACAAGGACAAAGAAAUUCUUUUGCUGGCUCUAGAAACCUAUGGAGAAUCCAUACCAGAGUUGCAAGAAGAGCUACCACAUAAAACCGCUAGUGAUAUACAAGCUGUCAUAAGCUUUUACAAAUCGGCAAGUGAAGCUGAGAGAAACAAGGAACUGAUUUCCAACUGGCUCGAAAUUCUAACAUAUUUGGAGGGUAAAAAUGCUGGUAUGCAAUUGGUGUCACGAGCACUAAAGUAUAUUGCAAUGUUCGAGAAAAAUAGUGGCAGUGAUGUGGAUGUGAACGAAGCGAUGAUGUUCCUUUCAAGAGUUUCCGAUAACCAAGGUGCUGCAGAACUAUCAGAUGCCACAGGAACUUUUUUGCUCCAAGUCUUAAAAGCGCUGGCAAGAAGACUCAAAUCACAAGAUAACACUGAGGCUGAAGAGUACUUUAAGAACUUACGCGAUAUUGAUAAAUCAAAAAUAAAUGAUGUGUUUAUGAAUCCUUUGGGAGUGCCAAAGAAAAUGCUGAGGUUAACAGCUGCGGAUAAAAAAAAAGAAGUUCAACCGAGACGAAUGGGAUCGGUACAGAACGGCUUCUAUGAACUUAUAAAUCCAUUAGGAAGACAAGACGGGAAUCCUACAGUAGUUUCUGUGAAGGUGUGUGCUGAUCAGACCAGACCUGCCUGCCAGAGCCAGAUACACAGGAGUCUACCUCCAGAGAGCGACGAAUGGGAUUGGAAUCCAACCGACCUACGUGAAGCAGAACAAAGCUGGUUUACAGAUGGAUCGAAAAUGCCAAGUGGCGUGGCAACUAGAAUAUAUGGAGAGGAGCACCGGACAAGCUUCAUAGCUAGUCUAGGCAAAAAUGCAACAAUAUUUCAAGCAGACGAUCACGCAAUUGAUCUUUGUGUUCGGAGUGUGGAAAAGAAACACCUCAGAGCAUCGCAACAACCAGAUAUCAAGUAUUUAGAGAAAUCCAACGCAGACCAACAACAGGCUUGA